UUCAAAGUGCCCCAGCUUUUGAUUGAGAUAUUCUUCAACUCCUCUGCUUCUUCUUCUUCUUCUACUCCUUCGUCGUCGCUCUUAUUUAGGGAAUACUGACAAUUGAAGACAAACCAAACAUUCAAUCGUUAGCUUAGAAGGUGGUGAAGGGUGCAAAAUUGCUAGCUAUGGCAACUUUCUCAGUAGCUGUAGCGAGUGGCUCGCUGAUUGGAGCUGCUGGCGGAAGUGCUGAGCUUCAUUGCAUGAAGCAGAGCACUGGAGAGAUAUGCCAAGCGAGAUUUUCUGGUUCUUCGAGGAUUGUGCGUUCGGGGGCGGUCAGCUCGAAUAGCUCGGUAGCCGUGUUUCGGAGUGGCCCGGACGCGGAGAGGCGAGUGGUCAGUGCAAGGGCGCAGGCUGGUGAGGGAUCGUUGCAGCAGAGUGACAAGUGGGGGGAAGGUGUGUCUCUUGGCACAGCAUUGUUGCCGCCUGAUGUGGACCUUGCCCGGCUUGAGAAUCUUCUCUUCCAGUGGGGAAACAGCUUGACAGCCAACGCCAAUUUGCCGCUUCCAACACCCUUGAAGGUGGACAGAGUGAAAGGAGGGGUGCGACUCGGCUACAUUCGUAUUAACGAAGGAGUUAUUGAAGACUUGGUGCACAUCGAUGUGAUUGUGAACGCUGCAGAGGGUGAUCAGAAGCCCUACUUCCAAGCAACAAGAAAUGGACAAUUUAAGGACAAAGUGCCUCCUGCGGAACCGCUAAUCAUGCAGAGCCUUCUGCAAGCUUUGAAGAAGUCAAUCCAGCUUGCCAGAAACUGAAGUUGAGGUUCCUAUGGCUGGAUUCACUUUGUAGAAUAGCACUGUUAGAUCUUCGUCAGCGGCUAGCAUAUGUACCCAUCAUCUUCUCUGUUCUCGGAAUGGAAUUUUAACGAGUAUGAAUUGUCCCAAUUUGCUUCACCAAA